CCAAAGAUGGUGCUCGCACAGCUCGGUGGGACGAGAAGGUGCUCAGCGAGUGCCUCAACGAUGUUUCGCGUGCGCUGCAGUCGUCCGGCGGCCAGUUCAAGCUGGUACGCGACAUGCAGGCCAACAUCAAGCGCAUCGUCAACCGCGCCGCCGGCCACAACAAGCACCGCAUCAUCCAACAGGCUGUCUUCAAUGAACACUGCAAAAUAUUGGAUCCUGGAAAACCUUCUUUCACUCCUAAGAAAGGAAAGACCAGUGUGGUAAUUUUUGUAGGUCUACAAGGUUCUGGGAAGACCACAACUUGUACUAAACAUGCAUAUUAUUAUCAAAAGAAGGGAUGGAAACCAACAUUAGUUUGCGCCGAUACAUUUAGAGCCGGUGCAUUUGAUCAGUUCAAGCAAAAAUGCAACAAAAACCAAAAUUCCUUACUAUGGAAUGUAUUGCUUGAGUUGUCGGAAUGUUUUAUUUAGGGUGUUAUUAGUUGCAGUCUCUCUAUUUUAUGGUUCUUUUGAUCAAGGAACCAUCUUUAAUUACCC